ACUUUGUCCUCUUCUCCAUCUCCAUCACACUUUAAACCCCACCACACCAUUCCCUUUCAACAUCACCAUCAUUAUCAUCAAAUUCAUUUCAAAACCAAAUCAAAUCACAACAACACUGAUAAAUAAAUAAGUGCUUUUCUUCCAAAAACUCCUUAACACCGAUUUCACCAUGUCCCGAUUCAGAAGAUACGAAAUCAUCGAAGAAGAACCAUUACCCUUGUUCUCUUCUUCUUCUUCACAUUUCUUCAUUACUGAAACCCUUCCAUUAUUCCCUUCCUUCCUCGAACAAUCUCCACCGUUCAAUCUCGAUCUCGAUCUAUGUCUUCUUCCAUCUCCCUUCCACGCAGAUCUACCCCGCGUGAAUCACACUCGAGCUUUGAAGCAACAACAACUCGGUUUACAAACCCUGAGUGACCGAGUCGCCGAGUUAGAGUCACGAUUCGAGCAGAUCGUCGUCGGCGGGAAGGGGAAGAAGAAAGAGAAGAAGAAUGACAGCGGCGGUGGUAGUGGUGGUCGGAAGUACACGUGGACGGCUGAGAUAAAAGAUGGAGAGAAGAAUGGGUUUGAUAGAAAGUAUAAAUGGAUAGCUGAAUUGGUUGAAGAAGAGAAGAAGAAAAGUGCGGUUGUGAAGAAUGUGAAAUGGACGGCUGAGAUUAAAGGAAAGGGGGAAGAUAGUGGGAAUAAUAGGAAGUAUACAUUUGGUGUUGAAAGUGGAAGUGAUGAUGAAAAGAAGAAGAAGAAAAAGAAUGUGAAUGAAAAGGAGAAGGUGAAAGAGAAGAAGAAAGAAAGAAGAUUGCGUAUUGUGGAAAUUGAAGAACCUGAUGAUGAUCAUAAAGUUGUUGUUUUAAGACAGGCAUUUGCAAAGAGGUUUGGAGCAGUCCAAAAUCAGAGAGGCAAAAAGAAGGAAUUAUCUCCUCAAGAUGCUGCAUAUUUGAUUCAGACAACUUUUAGAGCGUAUUUGAUCCGUAGGUCAAAGGCUCUUCGUGCCCUUAGAGAGCUGGCUAUUGCAAAAUCUAAGUUAAAGGAAAUCAGAGCUCAGUUCAAUAAUUUUUCCUUCCGACGCCGUAUAGCUAGUGAUGGAGUGGAACACCAGAGGUUUUCUGAGAAAAUUAUUGUCUUGCUCCUCACCGUUGAUGCCAUUGAGGGAGUUGAUCUGAUGGUUAGAUCUGCAAAGAAAUCAAUGGUGGAUGAGCUGGAAGCAAUGCUUGAUGUGGUAGAUCCCCAACCUGCUGGAAGAUCACUGUCCUUCAAAAGGAGAACUUUCGAUAUGCCUGAUGGAGUCAUCCGGAAGGAAAUCGAAGAAGGUGUUGCACAAGUUGUGCAAAUGCUUGAUGAAGCUGAGAGUACCUAGAAAGUAUCCCAGUGAGAUCAAGAAAGCAAUAUUUAUCUGCGUAUUUAUUGCUUUCCACGGCAUUCCAUCCGCUGUUUUAGUUUGUUGCUAGCCGGAACUUAGUCUAAGAUUUGAGUACUUUUAUAUGUUAGGCUUUCAUAUUUCAUCUAAUGGCUUUGUCUUUUGCUUAAUGUUUGGAACUUUGAUGAACGAAAAAUAUUGGCUUCGUGCCAUGGUUUUAAUCUAAGUUAAGGUAGGUUGCAUCUGUGUAACCAUUAUUUAGUAGUAAACAUUGGAUGUGAUAGUUAAAUAUAUGAUGUUUGUGAUGUUUCAA